CACUGGGCACCUGCGCCGAAGCCCAGGCGUCUACGGACGUACACUCCAAACCGUCAGCUACUCUUGAUCGAAAAAAAAAAAAAAAAAUACCACUGCGGUGUCCUUGGCUUUCCUGAUUGCCUCCCGCAAAGCCAUCACCACCGUCAAAAUGGCCGACUUCGACGACGAAAUGGACAUCGACGUCGCACCCUCCAAAGACAUCACAUUUUCCUCCGACAACACAGCCAAGGGGAAGCGCAGCGCCGCCAAUCUCCCGGUCGAGGCCGAAGACAGUCUGCCAUGGGUCGAAAAGUAUCGCCCGGCAACGCUGGCCGACGUGUCUGGCCACCAAGACAUCCUCGCGACUAUCAACAAGUUCGUCGACUCGAACCGACUACCCCAUCUCCUGUUCUACGGCCCGCCCGGCACGGGCAAGACCUCGACCAUCCUCGCCCUCGCACGUCGCAUAUACGGUGCCGAGAACAUGCGCCAAAUGGUGCUCGAGCUCAACGCCUCCGAUGACCGCGGCAUUGAUGUCGUGCGCGAACAGAUCAAGACCUUUGCCUCUACCAAACAGAUCUUUAGCAUGAGCGCGUCGGCCACAAGGUCAGGGAUUGCCAAUUUCAAGCUCAUCAUUCUCGACGAAGCCGACGCCAUGACCAACACGGCCCAGAUGGCUCUCCGUCGAAUCAUGGAGAAGUACACGGCAAACACGCGCUUCUGCAUCAUUGCCAACUACUCCCACAAGCUCAGCCCGGCCCUGCUCUCGAGGUGUACUCGCUUCCGAUUCAGCCCGCUCAAGGAGCAGGAUAUCCGUGGUUUGAUAGACAAGGUCAUCGAGGAGGAGAACGUCAAGAUCAUGCCCGAGGCGACUGAUUCGCUCGUGCGGCUGAGCAAGGGCGACAUGCGCCGCGCAUUAAAUGUGCUGCAGGCGUGCCAUGCGUCAAGUACACCACUCCAACCUCGCGAGGGCCCCAAGAUUGCCGAGAAGGAUAUUGUCCGCGAGACCAUCACAACAGAGACUAUUUACAACUGCGUUGCCGCCCCACCACCAGACGCCAUCAAGAAGAUCCUCAACACGUUACUCAGUACUAGCGAUGUGACCUCAUGUCUUUCCACCAUCAACACCCUAAAGGUGGCCCAGGGCCUGGCACUGGCUGACAUCAUCACCGCGCUUUCGGAAGAGGUGAUGAAAUUGGAGGUGAAGCCACAGGUUAUGAUCACCUGGUUGGACACGCUCGCAGAGAUUGAGCACAGGGUAUCAAGCGGCGCCAACGAAGCGAUACAGACAUCGGCUGUAGUCGGCGCGAUACGAAACGGCGUGGAGCUGAUGGGCUGACGGAAGGUUAUAAACUCCAAAACAACAAACACCGGAGUAAUCUCUCUCAGGGUAUUCUCGUUGAUCGUCUGUAGUGACGCAUGGAGGACCACAGCACAGCGAGAGACUCGAGUUCUGAACACACUUAAGGGUCAAUAAGACCCGAAUCAUAUGACUUCAUGAAGGUUUCAAUCAUGACUGUGCCGCCAAUGAUAAAAUGCUUAGAGGUCUUUCUCUCUGCCUUGUCGCGGUUCUUUAAAGUGUCUGAUAUCAUGACCCUCUAUGACUGCCCUUGUACCAAACUCAAUAAGGUGCUCUAUUCUCCCGCCUUCCAUAAAUUUACUCUUGUCUCCGCUGCUGGUAAUUAC